AUGUGCGCCGCCGCCGCCGCCGCAGCAGUUAAUGAGGCGGCAGCAGUGGCCGUAUGUGAUAUUAAUCGCGUCAAACCGGGUGAACAGACAGAGGACUGCCCCUCCUCCUUCUCCUCCUCUCCCGCCCUCUCCAAUUUCGGAAAUCUCGUGAUUCACCAACGAUGGUUAUCUCAAAAAGCCCCUGAGACCCACCCUCGCCUGUAUGUGAGCCCACCAGACACGGGCCUCGUUGCGCGACUCAAGGGCUACAACCGCGUCAGCUGCGAUUCUGCUUGCACGAAAGUCACCGUUACGCGGUGCUGUGCCUGUGUCGCACGAUCGUGGUGA